AACCACGCCGUUAUAGACUCACAUGGCUGUGCCCCUGGGCUCACGUCUGCACGUGAAGAGUGCAGCGCGGAAAAAUACCAUGGCGGGUUCGUGUUCUGCGCUUACGCUUGCAACGUUGCACCUGCGUUGCCCUGACGCCCACCAACGCAGCAGCAGGCCGCGGGUGUCCCGUGUCGGCAACCGGAGACUGUGCACGAAUUUCGCGGCCAGCCAAGGGAGAGAGAGAGAAGACAUCCUUAUCUGGUCGCGCGCGUUCCCCCGAGCGGCUGCCUCAGACAGUCUGGCACCAGCAUGUCACGCGGAGCUCUCGCUUGGCUUUUUCUCGUGGGCGCGGCACUGGGCUCGCCAUCCUGCCACAUCUCGAGUCGUAACACGACUGCUUCGGUGACUUGCGCUGAGUUUGGCAGUGCCGUGGACUUUGAGCAUUUCAUCCAACGACCCUUGUCACGGCCCACACUCUCGUUCGUGCUGCGGGACAGCCGCCUAGAGCGUUUGCCCGCGGGAGCAUUUACCGAUGUAAGCGCCACUUCGCUGGAGCUCAACAAUGUCACCGUGGAGACGUUCGAGUUUGCCGAGGAGGACAAUCCGUUCGCCGGCCUCCGUUGCUCCGUGGAGAACGUCACGUUCAGUGGUCACAGCAGCUUGCCUCCGUCAUGGGCCAUUCUGGCCGACAUGCAGAGUCUGCGUGCCUUGGCCGUUGUCGAUGCGGCCGGACCACUCAACCUGACACGUGACUUCGGCCUGCUGCCCAGUGGAAUGCGCCACGUGACCAUCGACUCUGCUCAGGUGGGAUACCUGGAUGAUUUGUGGGUGGCGGCUCUCGCCAACCUGGAGAGCUUGGCGUUACGCAACACAGACGUGUCCGAGCUCAAGCGCUCCAUUAUGGCCCGGCCCGCGGCGAUGCUUCGGAACCUUGACCUGUCCCGGAACCAUCUGACGACGCUGCCUGUCGACUUCGGCGAGGAGCUGCCAGCGCUUCGCGUGCUCGACCUCUCGCACAACCGAAUCGCCACCGUGCUCGAGGCCAGCCUGCUACCCCUGCAAGCCAGUGUAACAAGUGCCAGCCUCGAUGGAAACCCACUCGAGUGUGACUGCCGGUUGCGGUUCCUGCUGAGCUUCCCGGACAUCUGGCGCCACGCGGAGUGUACCGAACCCGAAGCUCUGCGCAACACGUCGUUCAGCCAACUGACGGAGCAAGACCUCCAGUGCGGGGCCGCCUGAGCGAACACACGUUGAGGAGGGAAUGAAACGACGCAAGCGUUAAUCAUUGCAGGUUGCCAUUGGCAUCGCGUAGCCGCAGGAUCUGCACGCAGCAACGUCAUAGAAGCAUCGCUGGCUUUCACAAAGAGCGCUGUUUUUUCUUUCGGUCAUCGUUCCACCUUAGUGCUCGAGCGUUUGUUACUGUCAUCGGCUCAGAAAUCCGUUCUUCAUUUCCUGUGAUUUAUUCUCGCACCAGACUUGUUUUUCGUUUUUUUUAGAGAUGACUAACUUAUACGACGCAACAUAAUUCACAGCAUCGCCAGAGGCGUUCUCUAUUCCUUGCUGGUAACUGUCUGUACCGGCCCUACACGUAUUGGGUACAUCAUGAUGGCUGGCAUCGUGAAAGUACAACCUUCCCGCAGACACUUUACCCAGCCAGUUUAGAAUUACAAAUUUGUAUAGUUUGAUUUAUGAAUGUUUCUAAAGGAAAUGAGAAGCCCGUGGAGUUUUGUUAAAGCUUUAAUUAUUGAAAAAAGUGCCCGUCCUUGUGCAGAAAGCAGGUGAGCACGAGAAAUCUCGCAUCCACAGUACGCGCUGCUUAAUCUUACCACACGUUCAAAGCGCACAUCUUACAUUUGUUUGAGCCGCAUAACAAUAUAGAAACCAACCAAAACAGUGCAUACUUGGUGCUGCGCUUAAGGGCAUAUAGCGUUUGACCUGUUUACGAAUCCUAAUCGCUCAAUUUCUGAAAUUUUUUUUAUUUACCUAAUCGUGUCUUAUUACCACUUUGCGUGCGUAGUAUUCACAGUUAUUUUCAAUAAAUCAUGUCUUCCCGGGAGAGUGCUAAGGUGGGCAUCGUGGCAAGCCAGUGUAAAAGGGAAAGCCGAGUGAUUGUGGUCAGUAUUUAUGUGCGCCAUUAGGAGACCUGUGCAGUUCCCACGGGCAACAGAGAAAGGCGUUUUAUCACAUCCGCAAAUUUGCGGCAUGACACGUGUCGAUAUUAUGCCUGUCGAUAUUAUUUUGUUACUAUUUAGGGCAGGAUUGCAGCCGAAGCGCCCAAGGUAAUAUGCGUUACGUUAUACCAAGCGCAGUUGACGCGCGAGCCCAUUCCCAGCAAUGAUACAGCGCACUCGGUAUGCUUGGUGGUCUAAUUCACGUUUUCAAUUGAGCAAAAACCACUCCCUGUAGAGCAAAAGCAGCGCAAGAAGAGCGGCAGCGCAAGACAGAGACGCACACCUGACAGGCGCUGCGUACUUUUCUGUGUUGUGCUGCAUUUGCCAUGACGGUCAACCAGCUCGCCCAGUUUUCGCUAUACAGGUUAAACGGCAUUUACUGCUCACUUGCCUGCCUCGCUUAGUACAAAAAAUGCACUUGGAACGAGCAACAGACUAAAUAGUAGACUAGGAAACGUAUGACAAAACGCAAAUGUCCUUUGUUGCCCCUUAAUGCAGUAAUGUUAUAUACAUCGGUAUUGAUCGCUACUGUCAGUACAAGACGAAAUACAAAGAGGAGAAGUGACACAUGGUGAUUAACAAUUUUUCGAACGUGACGUGUCUAUACCGGUGCGUGCAAAACCAGUUAUAAUGCUAUUAAUCCUUAAAAAGCGUCAGAUAUUAGUCUGAUGUGUAUGUCAUCUUCUGCGGUGAGAUGGCAAGUGUUCCUUCUGUUUCUUUAUUAUGCAGUGUGCGGAAGUAACGCUCACGAAGUUCCGGCUUAGGUCGGUGCUACGGUGAUCUUAUUUUCGCUAGGUGCGUUAUAUGAAUGUCUGUUCUUGUCACGCGAAACAUAUUUCCCACACUGCCCCUACCUAUGCAACGGUGUUGCCUCUGGCCUACGAUGAAAUGUCGCAAUGGUACGGCAUCUCGCCUAGUACCACCUUGCUUGAUAGUGCUCUGGACGUUGUGGCAAGAGGAGUAAGCUGCGGCUGAGUCAGGCAAGGUCUUCAACCUGCACGAGGACCCUAAACCUGAGUAGCUUCUCAGGCGCAGGCCUAGAGGGCAUUCUGGAAGUGUCCGACUAGGGGACCGGUCCAUUUCGUCUGCUAUAAAAGUGCUGGUUGGCUGGGAGCGCCUGUCUCCUUUUGAUGUGUACUGCAGCCCAGUCUAUCAGAACUUCAGCAACAGACGACAUGGAAAAUUACAGAAUACGUCCCCCCCUCCCCCCGGCAUCCCCACGGCUACGAUCCGACCGGUGUCCCUGGCAGGACGCCUACCGGCACAAUCACCCAGGCACUUCCGUUCCACCUCAAGGCGAGCGACGAUCCUCCUAUGGAAGACGACCAAACGCCGUCAUUCGAAGGGUAGCCGGUCAAAUAACUGUCGAAGCACCUUGUCAUUUUCAGUUUAGUGAACUUUAGCGAAGACAUGGGUUUUAUGGGUAAAAAUAAAUGAGUUUUUCUAUCCAGUGUAAUUUCAUUUCAGCUGUGUUCAACGCAGAAGCAAUAAAACAUAAUUUGAACAGGA